AUGGCCUUCUACUUACACUUCGUAGAAGCUACAAAACAGCUACAGGAACCCUUCCACCAACUCCUCCAAAACAUGUCUCAAUCCAAUGAUCUCCCUAUCUGUGUUAUCUCCGAUUUCUUCCUGGGUUGGACUCUCCCCAUUUGUAGCGAAUUUAGUGUUCCUCGACUCGUUUGCCAUGGUAUGGGUGUCUUUGCAUUAGCCAUGAGUAAGACCGUAUGGAUUCACACGCCUCAACUUCAUGUCUCAUCAGAUUCUGAACCCCUAACUUUGCCUAGUUUUCAACUCAACUUCUCUAUGACCCGGUCCGACGUGCCGGAAAUGUUCCUGACACCGGACCCGGACGACCCGCUUUCCAGACUCACAUCAGAGGCGGGUCAGUACGAAAUGGAUAGUUGGGGGGUGAUCGUUAACAGCUUCAUGGAACUAGAAGGGCGUUACGUGCCCACCUUUGAGUCUUUCUUUGUUAUUGGAGCUAAAUCAUGA